ACUAGCCCUGGGAGGGAUGGUGGAGGCUAGGAUAGUAAUUAGCAAACAAAACAAAGGAGGGGGGACUAAGAAGAUGAAGAUGAAUGGAGCCGCACCCGCAGCCGCACCCGCAGCAGCAGCAGCAGAAGAAGAAGAAGAAGAAGCAGUGAUAAGGAUAUUCGUGGGAGGAUUGGGGGAGAGCGUGAGCAGCGAAGACCUGCGCAACAUAUUUUCAUCAAAUAAGAGUUUGGGCUUAGGGAUUCAAUCAGUGGAGAUCAUCAGAAGCAAAGGCCGAUCCUUUGCGUAUAUCGACUUCUUCUCUUCUUCCAACAACUCCCUCUCCAAGCUCUUCAACACUUAUAAUGGGUGUGCUUGGAAGGGUGGGAAGCUUAGGCUUGAGAAGGCCAAAGAGCAUUAUCUUGCUCGCUUGACAUGUGAAUGGGCUCAAGAUCAAGAUGAAGAUCAACAUCCUCUCCUUCCCACUCCUAAUCUUGAUCAUGCUCAAGAUGAUCCCACCAACAAGAAACUGUCCAUUUCUUCAAAGCCCAGCAACAAAGAGCUUCUUUCAGAAAAUAAGCAACUUCGCCUCUUCUUCCCCGGAUUAGGAAAGAUAAAGUCAAUACCUUUUAGAGGAACUGGCAAACACAGAUACAGUUUCAGACGUGUUGAAGUUCCUCCACUUCCCAAGCAUUUCUGUGAUUGUGAAGAACACUCGGAGCCUCCUGCAGCUGCAGCUAAAUGCAGACACAUUCCUAUCAUGGAAGAACAGGGUGCUGGGAUGGACAAGGAAGAACUCACUUUGAUGAAUUCUGUGAUGAAUAAGCUCUUUCAGAUGGAAAAUGUUUCAGACAAUGCAUGCUGUGAGAUUGAAUUGGAUAAGAAAGUAGAUGAUUCCAUGAAAACCACUGAUAAACCACCACUUGAAGAGAAUGAAGGGGACAUCGAUGAAGAUGAUGAUAACCUCAUAAUUAACAUGGUGAGUGUACCACAGGAAACCAUAUUAACUCAUCAGAGACGAAGAUUCAAUGUUAGGCAAACUUCGACAGAUGAACCGACUCAAAAGGUGCUCCAAAAGCAGAAAAGAAACACUACACCUUCUAAUAAGAAGAGGAAAAUAGUUCUCAAUGAAGAAAGUAAUACAAGUGAAGGAAUGCCUGCUAUGCCGGGAGGUAAUGGGAGUUUGCUGGAACAGCAAUCCAAAUCUGACAAUGCAUCAGAAACACUGCCGGGACAUUCAUCUAGCAAGGAAGAGCAACCCAAAUGUGAUAAAGUCGCCGACUCUAGGGACAGUGAGAACAAUAAAUCCUGGAAGCAAGAAAAUCAAAAUGAACAUUUCAGCAGGAUCAAAGAAGUGGGAGGGCACAAGGAGGCUCUGUCUACCAAACUGGAUUCUGCUUCAAAUAAGCCAGGCAGAGGUUAUGCAUGGCUCAAUAAAUCCUCAUGGACACAAUUGGUUAGUGGGAAUAACAGCAAUGCUUUCAGUAUUACUCAUAUCUUGCCGGGUGUUACUUUUGCAAAGGUAGAGCCAUCAAAACCUGAUGGGUUGGAAGUUCCCAGUUCUAUGAAAAGCAUGCAUGGUGAUAUAUUUAAGAAGAGCAAUAUUGUUCCUACCGUAGAUGGCACGCUGGCUUUUGGGGUCAGAAAGGAGGGUAAUGUACAAAAUAGAGUGGCAAUGAGCCCGCAGACUGUUGUAGGCAAUGCUGAGGCUUCUGCUCCAGUAGUGGAGAAGAAAACCAAUUCAGAGACGAAGCCAGCAUAUACCAGAGAUGUUUCCAUUGGAGAAACUUGUUCAUUCAUGAGGACUGCUGAUUCAGUGAAAGAAUGGGCGCGGACCAAAGCAGCUCUAAGCGGAUCCCGCAAGAGAAAAAACAAUGAGAAGUAGGUUCAGAGAGCAUCUUACCAAGUACAACUUUCCUUAUCUUUUGGCCAGCAAUCCCCGGCUGCCUCUGAUUACAACCCAUCGUUGGUUUAUUGGAGACGAGGCCUUUCUUUUUCCCUUAACUGUGUUUUUAAUUCUUAUUUGGCCAUGCUCAUAAUUCCUGUUAAAUUGGUUUACAAUAGACAAAACCUCUGAAAACUGAAGAAAAGUGGAAGUGCUGCAAUGUGCAAUUGUAUCUCUAUCAUAUUAUACUUCGUGGUAAAAUUGAUGCGAUCGAUUGAUGGUUGCUUUAUUA